AUGUCUACGACUACAACCACAGCAUUGAAUUACACAGCCCCUCCGACUUUCCCCAAGGCGGACAAGUUCGACGGGAUGAACUGGCUCCAAUGGAACAAAGCAAUCCUCAUCUCAGCAAGACUCCAAGGAGCUCGCGGCUACCUCGAGGAGCUGAUAGUGAACCCGGCUGCGCACCCACUGGCAGCUCCACUUCCCCCUUCUCCAUCAACAACUGAUGCCCCUAUCAUCACUACCACCAUUACCCUGACAGCGGCUGUGCCCCUGACACCCUGGACCUCAACCUCGCCCUCCACGGAGGAGUGGGACACCUGUGACGCCUGGGCAAUGGGCCUAAUCACUUGGAACGUCAAAAACACGGUUGGCCUAGGAGUCAAGACCAACAGAAUGGCUGCUCAGGCCUGGACCUCUCUCAAGUUGCAAUACGAGACCACCUCAGACCUCACGGCUGUCCUCGCAGACACCAAACUAUGCCAAAUCAAACUCUGUGACAGCGACGACCUCCACACCCACAUCGCCAACCUCCGAUCCAAAUGGGCCUACGCAAACUCGGUCAGUGCAGAGGUUCUCGACAGGGACUUCCAAAUAAUCCAGCUCCAAUCCCUGCCCAUGAUGCCUGUCUGGCAAGCAUUUAUCUCAACACUGUAUGAGGCCAAGACAGCUGCUGAGGUCAUCACUAGGAUUGGCCUUCACUGGCAACACGUCUCUGAAACCAGGACCAUCGCCACCCUGAACACAACCACCACGGCACUCCAGGCUGACACCAAGCAGAAGAAACCAGACAAAUACUGCACCAACUGCCACAGGAGAGGCCAUACUGCUGAUGUGUGCUACUGGUCAGGAGGGGGAAAGGAUGGUCAGUUUCCACCUGGCUUUGGGAAGCGUGGAGGUGCAAAUGGAUCCACAAAUUCCUCAACACCCUCAACAACCACUCCUGCAACGACCGCGAAUGUGGCCAUGGUUGAGACAGCCUAUGCUUUGAUGGCAGUGAUGGGGGGAUGGGACAAAGAUGGAGGUACGGGAGAGCAUGUAGUCUCAUUCAUACCGACAAGAGACAAACCAACAGCGCUGGCAGCAAUGGCUUCAGGAGGAGGAGAGCUACUCACUUAUGUUGACUCCAGUGCAAGCGACCAUUGCUUUGCUAAUAAGAAUGAUUUCUCUGCUUAUGAACCAUUCAUUGAGUCAUGCGAAGGCCAGGCUGCCUGCAGAGGGGCAAGAUUCAAAAUCCUCAGAAAGGGGACAGUUGUGAAGGUUUUCAUCUCAGAGGGGCAAAAGACCACAAUUACAUUCUACAAUGCCCUCCAUACACCUGAGUUUGCUGCAAACCUUAUCUCUGUGAGCAAGUUUGACACUGCCAACUUCAAGGUUAUCUUCGGGGAAGGACGUGCCCGAUUCAUCGAUUCCAACAGUGAAGCUUUCGUGACGGCCAACUGCUCGAACAGGAUGUACCUUCUAUCCCAAGGACCAGACACAGCUGCCCUAUCUGUGAGGUCCCAUGAGAAACCCACCAGCAUCGACAUCUGGCACUGGCAGUUCUCCCAUGCAGGUGUAACAUUAAUAGAAGACAUGGCCCAAAAGAACCUCGUUGACAGACUCCAGAUCACAGGUGGAGACUUGGACAGAGCACCCGGGAUGUGUGAAGACUGCAUAUAUGGAAAACAGACCUCGAGACCAUAUGACGAGCACUACACACCCGAGACAGAGCUCCUUGCUCUCGUCCACAUUGACCUGUGGGGGCCUGCAUGA